AUGGAGAACAGUGAACAGGCCACUAGCCCUGAGGGAGCCUCCAGGGUAUCAACGAGAACCACAUCUCGUGUACUUUCCAGGGAUUAUGCGGAGCAGAAUCUAUCGAGAUCGCCUUCCCAGAAUCAAUCUCGUGCUAGGUACGCCGAAUUCAAUUUUGGCCCAGCGACACUGCGUCAUCGCAUCAGUAGCCUACAAACGAGUCCGAAUCCAAGUCCUGGCCCAGCACGAAUUUGGGGGAGAGAUUACGCUGAAUCCAGCAGAAGAUCUGUCGCCAUUGCAGCGCCUUCUUCAGCGCGAGGGGAUGCUACUGAUGCUGCGUCCCGCAAAUUCUCUCUGGCAGGUCCACCACCUUUGGAUACCUUAGCCGCCAACCAACCAUAUAUUGAUCCGGGAUAUGCACAACUCAACCCUGCGUAUGAUCAGCCAAUGAAUGUCCGACCAGUAUGGGGCCUAGCCAAACCGUUGCCUCGUGUACUGAGACCUGGUAUGGUUCCAGCGAAGGACGAGCUCGAGAAGGAAGUCCAAGAGGAAGAAAGAGAGGCCCAACAGCCACUGUCGACAGACGUUGAAGCUGGCAGAAUUGAACCCUCACUUAUGCCCGACAAGAUAUCCUCUCAGUUGGACACUAUCCGACGUGAGAGAGAAAUAUCUUUAUACCGAGCUUACCAGAACCAAUACCAAGAGUCGCCGGCAUUGUCGCCAUUUGGCGCAGGUAGAAGACCUUCAGAUACACCAACCGAAACACCACAUACCCGGAUUCGACCGGAAGAUACGAUUGAGGAGGAAGCGGGGUCCGAGUCACAACAGCCCGAACAAGUCGAGCCGCCAGAGCUGUCAUUGCCCGAGGCAGUAACGAACGUGAAGCAAGCAAGGGAGGAAGAGGAACCGAAAUACGUACCCUACGAAGAUGCAGUUCCUUUGGCAGCUUACCAGGCCGAAGACGAAGAAGUCCAUAAUUUGCAUACAUAUUGGUCGGUUAUUCGGCUACGCUUUCGAGAGCCGUUGGCCGAGCUUCUAGCAAUCAUGGUUCAAUACACACUCGGUUUCAGCGCAAACCUGUCAAUGACUGUUUCUCGUGGCUCAGCUGGCACCAACGAUACAGGAACCUGGGCAUGGGGUCUUGCGACUAUGGUAGCCAUCUACAUCGCCGGCGGGAUAUCCGGCGCUCACCUAAAUCCGGCAAUAUCGCUUAUGCUCUACAUCUACCGGGGUUUCCCCUUGCGCAAAGUCCCUGUCUAUGUCACAGCACAGACGCUCGGUGCUUUCCUCGCGGCUUUGAUUGCAUUUGGUAUCUUCCGACCCGUGGAAGGUGCCAGAUCGACUUCAGCUUUACCACUGGCGCCACCAGUGUCAACGGUAGUGUUAUCCAAUUUCCUCACCUUCCCACGCGCCCCUUGGGUCGAUAGCAGCAUUGCUUACCUCGCCGAACUCAUGGGUACAACCAUUCUCACUAUCUCGGUGCUCGCACUGGGCGACGACACCAAUGCCCCUCCCGGGGCUGGAAUGAAUGCCUUCAUAGUUGGCCUGCUUGUCACCGUUCUCGGCAUGGCAUUCGGCUACAUCACGGGUCUAGCUAUGAACCCAGCCCGCGACUUUGGCCCCCGCCUUGCUAUGCUCGUUCUCGGCUACGGCACUCUAAAAACCCUUUUCGCUGACGGUUACUGGCUUAAGGUGGCAUGGUUAGGUCCUAUUGCCGGUGCAAUUUUGGGCGGGUUUCUUUACGACGCAGCUAUAUUUGUUGGCGGCGAGAGUCCCGUGAAUUAUCCCACGAGACGGAUUCGACGGGCUACCCAACUUCAAUCGCCAAUGUUCUCGUCCGCGUUCAAAUCCUUCACCUCGAAUAUAACAUCCAAUUAUGAAUUGUCAAAACAUCCAGUUGCAACUGUAGGGGCCUGGACCAUCUUUGAUGCGAAGAAGAAGAAUAGUGGCGCUCAAGCGUCGAUUUUCAUCUUUGACCGGAAAUCGCUGGAUGUCACCAGCAGUGGGUUUGGAGCACGUGUUACAAGCGCCACGUCGGUGCGCAAGAUUCAAGAUGAAGUAGUGGAACUUCUGAAGAAGGAAGCCAGCAGUCUGGCCCGUCUCCGGCAUCCCUCCAUUCUGCAACUGGUGGAACCCGUCGAGGAAACCCGCAAUGGAGGGUUGAUGUUUGCGACAGAGCCUGUCUUGUGCUCCUUAUCUGCUGCCCUGGCAAAGAAGGAUCGGAAUGGUAAUGGCUCGGGUCGAGGUAUCUCGCGGUCCCCGUCUAAUGAUGGAGCCACUUCUCGAGUACAGCAAGACGUGGAAAUCGACGAAUUGGAAAUCCAGAAGGGGCUGCUGCAGGUCGCCAAAGGACUGGAGUUCUUACACGAUUCUGCCAAGCUUGUUCAUGGCAACCUCACUCCGGACGCCAUCAUGAUCAAUGCCAAAUCAGACUGGAAGAUCUCUGGACUCGGGUUUGCCGGGCCGCCUGACGGAGCAGAAGGACAUCAGACCGUCCCUCAAAUUUCUCUCUCUGAGGUGCUCCACCAUGACUCGCGAAUCCCUCGAACAGUCCAAUUGGACCUCGAUUAUACUUCUCCCGAUUUCGUGCUCGACUCGAAUAUCAACUUCUCAACCGACAUCUUCUCACUAGGCCUAGUUAUUCUUGCAUGCUACAGACAUCCGCACAGGUCGCCUAUUGAAACCCACGGCAAUCAGUCAACGUACAAAAAGAUCUUCAGCAGCGCUUCCACCGUCCCAACCAGCGCCAACAACUACCUUUGCGACGGCGCCUUACCGCGGGAGUUGAAUGUCACUUUGCCGAGAAUGUUAACCAGAAGACCGGCUCAGCGAAUGACCGCAAGCGAAUUCCAGCAAUCGCAAUACUUCGACAAUAUUUUGGUAAACACCAUGAGGUUCUUGGACGCUUUCCCAGCGAAGACUCCUGCAGAGAAGUCACAAUUCAUGAAGGGCCUUGGUCGAGUCCUGCCUCAAUUUCCGCCUUCCGUACUUGGGAAGAAGAUCCUUAGUGUUCUACUUGACGAGAUGAAGGACCGAGACCUCCUACCCUUGAUCAUGCAAAAUGUCUUCCAGAUAGUCAAAGUUGUUCCGUUCAGCAAAGAGGUUGUCUCGGACAAUAUCCUACCGCGGAUGAGAGAGAUAUUCUUGUCAAAAUCGAAAUCUGAAGAAAGGGAUAGCGGCAAAGAGGCUGCCUUACUGGCCGUUCUUCACAAUAUUCAACUCAUUGCCGAUAACUGCUCUGCGAAGCAGUUCAAAGACGAUAUCUUGCCCAUCGUUCAUGUGGCCAUGGAGUCAUCCACCAAUUCACUUACCGAUGCUGCUUUACAAACAUUACCGGCUGUUCUCCCCUUAAUCGACUUCUCAACCGUCAAACAUGAUCUCUUCCCAGUUGUGGCUAGCGUUUUCAGUAAGACCAACAGCUUGACCAUCAAGAUUCGAGGUCUUGAAGCGCUCGGUGUACUCUGCGGCGUUUCACCCAACCAAACGGAAAACAGCAUUGACGACUUUUCCGGAAAUGGUCACCAAGAGAAGCAAGACAAGAAUGUUUCUAGUUUGGACAAGUUCACUAUGCAGGAGAAAAUCGUUCCCCUCUUGAAAGCCAUCAAAACAAAGGAGCCAGCAGUCAUGAUGGCGGCUCUGAAGGUGUUUCGACAGAUCAGUACCGUCGGCGACACUGAUUUCUUAGCCAUCGAAGUGAUGCCCAUCCUCUGGAAUUUUUCUCUCGGGCCCUUGCUUGACCUUUCCCAAUUCAGCGCAUUUAUGGAUGUCAUCAAAUCUCUGUCAAGCAAAAUCGAGCGCGAGCAGAUCCGUAAACUGCAAGAACUGUCUUCGAGUAGGGCUCUUGAGUCAAGGGCUGUGUCCUCGUCACACAAGCAGAUCGGCAACGGUCUCGCUCAACCUAAUCAGGUCGCAGGCACAGAAGACGACUUUGAAAAGCUCGUACUCGGAGAUAAGAAUACUAACAAGGUUGACUUUUUUGUGGGCGCUCUUUCUGACGGGCAAAAAUUGACCCAAAAUCCGCCUUCCUUCUCAUGGGCUCCAGUAGACGCCACUGCGAACACGAAUCCAUUGGCGCAUCAAAUGCAUCCGUCAUUGCCUGUUCUUCAACCACAACCUCUAUCUCGCUCAAUCACUCCGGAUGUCAGCGCCUCGACGUUUCCAAGUCUUCAACCUACCCAGCCAUCCUCGGCCUCCACUUGGGGAACAUCUUCACCUUCUCCUGUGCCUUUGCAGAAUCAGCACCAGGUGCUGCAACCGUCGAGUUAUCUUUCUAAUCCUAUAAGCAGCAUCUCUCCGCCGACGGCGUCAUCAAGUACGACUUGGCAGCUUCCGCCGCCUCCGGGACCGCAAGGGUCACCUAAUCCGGGAUUCACGCCUAUGAUAGCUCCGCCUCCUGCAGGUAACAGCCAGAGAAUUGUUUGGCCACAACCGAAUUACAAUAAUUUCGGGGCGUCCUCGCAGCCGGGGCCUAGAUUCAGCGCGUCCAUGAAUGUGUUACAACCGCAGAAGGCUCAGCAGCAAACGGCCCAACAGCAGAAAACAGGUCUAGACAAGUACGAAUCUCUGCUCUGA